AGUUUUUAACUUCUGCAUCACCCGAGCGCGUGGCUGCAGGUGUGUCCACCUUCUCCCCCUGCACAGGUGAGCGACCUCUCGUCACGCCCGCUGGCCUUUACCUAACCCAGGCGCGAUCGCCUUGGCUCGCUUAUUAAAACAAACUAACAAACAAGAAGACACACUCUGUUCACCGUGAGACAGUCAGGUGGUGGUCGAGAUCCGCACCGGUGUCGCUCCGCGGUUUAAGUUGAGUUGAGUCGUGCGCUCCGUGCGUGGCCACAAGGCGUCAGGCUGAAGCCGAGAUCCUGCCCCGCCAUGGUCGGCGGAGGGCUGCGGGGGUGUUUUCACGUGGUCAGGGAGGAAUUUCGCCGUUAUGUCAACCUCAGCCAUAGAGCAUCCUGCUUUCCAGGCUCCACUGCAGUGCCCACCUGUUGUAGUCGUGUGGUUUACGCGCGGGAGCAGCUCUUUGAUGAAGCCGAGUGGCAAUGAGGACUCUUGAAACCCCUGCAAAGUCAUUUCAGCCUGUGACCCCUUAAGACAAGUUGCGUGUGUUUACCAGUUGUGACCAGGUCCAGAUUCUGUUUUCUCCUGCUUUUCUUCUGUGAUAAAUGGAAACGUGACUCUUCUCUCCUACAACGUGUUUUCCCAAGUCUCUGUAACAUUCGUCUGAGAGCAGUGGAAACAGUACUUUGGGUCGCUGUGGCCGACUCUAAAGACAACCUGCUAAACUUAUUGGAUUUAUUGCCAGAGGCCUGAUGUCAUGUCUAGUUGUUCACACAGUAUCCAGAUGAAAAUAAAGGGGUUCUUUGCAGGUGCUAAAUAAGACACUGAAUGAACUGGGCCGAUGUGCACUGUUUGAGAGAGAGUCUCCACAAAACCUCCACAUGCUGAGAACAGAAGGUGCUUACUGAUUUAUUUUGAGUUCUAACUGCAUGUAAAGGGAUAGCUCCAUUAUUGACUCCUUUUUGAAACGUGCUCAUGGCUCAAGGCAGUUACAUCUUGAGAAAUGUGUCAGAGGGACAUUUGGAUACAUUCCCACAUAGUCAAAGCACUGAAGAGUGUGUUCCUAAUUACCUGGGGAUUGGCUACAGUUAUCAGUCGGACGUGGACUACUUCAAGUGUGUGGACCAUUUUCAUAACGGCACCACCAUUAAGCGGCUAAGCCUUAAGAGGAGGCCUAGAGUGGCCGUCAAUAAUGCAGAAAAAACACAGAGUGGUUUUUCAACCAACAAGUGGCAUUCUGCAGAAUCCUUGUCAUUAUCUAGGUCCGAUGAUACAAGACUACUGGGCAUGUCUUCUACAACCAGAGGUCGACCACCACUUCCUCCACCACAUGGUUCAUCCUUGGAUAACAAGCUCACAAGGAAUGAGGGACCAGCAAUGUGUCAAAUACCUACUGAGUUAAAGCCACAGCCUGCUGUAAGAUCUCUUGUUUCACAAAGACAGUGCCCCAUGGUGGAAAAGACCAUCAUGGAGACCCACAAACACUUGGAGCAGGAGGAGACCACCCAGACUCCACCUCAGCCCCAACCUCGUCGACGACUGGCCAGCUUUGGAGGGGUAAGCUCCCCUGGGUCACUUUCCCCCUUCACUGGCCUGGGUGCAUAUAAUCAGAACAACAAUGGGAACAAGCCUACUGGCACAGGGGGUGAUAUGCGUGUCCACCUUAGUUCGUCCCUGGGCAGUAGAGGCAGCACAGGGUGCCUGAAAUUGAGCCCACAGAACUCUGGUAGAACCACUCCAGUUACAAGUCUGGGCCCUGUGCACCUGCAGAAUGUGCGUGACCAGAUGGUGGUAGCUCUGCAGAGGCUGAAGGAGCUAGAGGAGCAGCUGAAAAUCAUCCCUAUUCUCCAGGUAAAAAUUUCAGUCCUGCAGGAGGAAAAGAGGCAACUUGUCUCUCAACUCAAAAACCAGAGUGACAACGAGGACAUGAAUGAUGUGAUCUGGAGGAAAGCUUAUAGCAUGGAAAGGUCUGACAUUGAGAAGGUGUUGAAUACUGAGGAGGGAUUUAAGAGCAUAGUGCGGAUUGACUCAAGCAACCUCAGGGAGUUCAGGAAACUGACUGAAGAGAUGGAGCCAUUGGACAGAACCAUCAAGGGUGGACGUUUGCAAGCAUGGCCUGGAAAAGACAAUAGCCUUCUGCAUGACAUGGCUAUUAAGUCAGUCGCAGUUGGAACUGAUAAAGAUAUCACCUUGUCUAAACCCGCAAAAGAAAAUAAAUAUGUGCACACUGCUCAGGUAGAGACAAGGUCAGUUGCAACAGAGGUUUCUGAAGUUAAUCUGGGAAUUUACACAGAAAAGGAAGCAGAGCUUGAUGCCCAACAACUAAUAAUUGGUGCCCUGAAGGAGAAAAUUUCUCAAUUGGAAACAGAAUUGAAGGAAUCAACCCUUCAGACAGAGAUGAGCCGUCUGAAACUGGAGCUUCGGGCUGCAGGAGCUUGGAACAGAGCUGAUAAAGCAUCUCUUGCUAGGCCAUCCACUGUGAGCACAGGCGUUGAAGCAAGGCCUCACACCACAAGCCGGGGAGUAGGUAAUCACACAGAGUUCCAGGAUACCAGCACAGGGGAGGCAACAGGGGUAUCUUGUUGUGGGCCUGAGCUGAAGAAUGUUUGCACAGGACCAGAUGUACCCAUGAGCCACUGGGAGGUCAGAGAGCGAGUUGAGACCAGGGAAAAGGGCAUGGGGAUCCAGGUUUUUACAAACACACAAGGAGUUGGGACGGAGAUAAAGUUAUGUGAUGCAGAAACCAACACAAAGGUACCAGUGGAGAAUCUGGAGUCUACAAAAGGAAAGACUAAGUAUCAUUCGGUGGCUUGUGGGGACUGUUCUGUUGAUGUGAUCAUCUGUGAACCAAGGGAACUGGUUUCUCAAGGUAUGGCCACAGAUCCAGUCAGAGGAGUUGAUCUGGGAAUCAUGGCGUCACCUCAGACAGCUUCACAGCGUAUCAACACAGUAUCCAGCUCAGUGUCUCGCUUUACCAACACCACACACGCCUUCAACACAGACUCCAGCACUAAUACUCUUGUCAGAACCCAAAACAAGCACACCAACACCACUCAGACUGUUACUAGGACUAUGUCUGUAGGGAACAGGGUCAGAGACAUCAGAUUCACUCCAGAGACCCGUACGAUUGGUGUAGGAACAGUAAAUUUCGUAGGAAAUGCCUUAAAACAAACACCAGGGACAGUCACUAAGGUAACCCGAGACACUGGUGUUGGGUUCACAAAUAUUAAUGAGAAUUUCCUGGUUGGACUGAAAACUCGAAAUAUGGCCUCUGGCCCAUCCCAUCGACCUGACCCCAUCAAGACAAGAAGUAUCGGUAUAGGGGAGGGGAGGAUACGGGAUUUUUCAGUUUCAUCCAGUACACCUGCCCAGAGUUUCCAGCAAUCUACACAGUCCCAGUGGGACCCUGAGCUUAACCAUUACAUAGAGAAGAUGCAGAAGCUCCUUGGGGAGCAUGGGGACCUGCUCACAGAAGACCGCACUAAGCAGUACAGCUGUCAAGGAAAUGACACCGCCAAGCUGUCCUGCAGUAACAAAGCUGCACCAAAAGGAGGCACAGAAGUCCAGUGUUUAGACUCUCAGCCACCAGUUGGCAGAGAGUUUCAGUCUCCAGCUCAACUUUCAGUCAACUCCUCUAAAUGUGACAAAGCAAACCCAGGAAUCUGCCAACAGGGUGGUAAUGAAUCUGAGGUGAAAAGAAUGAUACAGAUGUUAGAACAACAGGCAUCCUCAGCUCUACAAGAAAGGUCAGCCAAUUCUGGUGGGCUGCGGUCCGUGAAGAAGAAACAGAAUAGUGACCAAGGCUGUAUCAGCAACAGGAAGACCAUGAAGUUUAUAAGGCUGAACACAGGACUGGACCCCAUGCCAUCUUACGAGCUCUCUGUCAGUGAAAAGGUUAAUUCUGAGGAAGUAGAAAAGAGAGGAAAAAAAAAAUUAAGGGAAGCUUCUCAAGAUGGAAUGCAAGCGAGAAAGGGCAAAGGUGGCUCCAACAAGGGAUCACAGGGGCCUGCAAAAUCACACCCGCAACAAAGGUGUAAGUUAAGUGAAAAGAUUUUUUCUGCAUGUCAAGCCUUAAAGAUGCACCUGAGUGAUGACACGGCUUUAUCCAGCAUGGAAUUGCAUGACUGUCUACAAACACUCCAGCAAGAGUGGUUCUCUGUGUCCAGCCACAAGUCAGCUGCUCCUGACACUGUGGACAGCUACUUGUCAACGUUUCGGGUCAUUUCACCCUCGGUAUUGCAACACAUAGCUAAUAUGGCUGACGGCAAUGGAAACACAGCUCUGCACUACAGUGUGUCCCACUCCAACUUUGUCAUUGUCAAGAAAUUGCUUGAUGCAGAGGUGUGUAACGUGAAUCAGCAGAACAAAGCAGGUUACACGGCCAUCAUGCUGGCUGCACUUUCAGCUGUGGAAACUCCAGAAGAAAUGAGAGUUGUGGAGCAGCUCUUCACAAAAGGAGACGUCAAUGCCAAGGCCAGCCAGGCCGGUCAGACAGCCUUGAUGCUGGCUGUGAGCCAUGGCAGGAUGGACAUGGUGCAGGCACUCCUGGCACAGGGGGCUGAGGUCAACCUCCGGGACGACGAGGGCUCCACUGCGCUGAUGUGUGCAAGCGAGCACGGCCACGCCGACAUCGUUAAACUACUGCUGGCACAGCCGGACUGCGAUGCCACCCUGACCGACAGCGACCAAAGCACAGCCCUGUCCAUCGCACUCGAGGCAGGACAUAAUGACAUUGCCGUGCUCCUUUAUGCUCAUGCCAACUUCUCCAAAGGACAGACAGGGGCGCCUGCUCGUCACAGUGGAAAGUCUCUCUCCUGUUAUGGUGAUAGAAAUGAUUUUGCAUAAUGUGAUACCACAAAGCCUGAAAGGAUUUUUCAUGAAUCUUAUGUAUGAGGUGAUUCAGUAUCAAAGCCCCCAUAAUGGUGGGGGGGGGGGGUGGGGGGGGGGUGAACAGUGUCAGUUUCAAACCUACCACAUUAGUCAGAAUGAUUUUUUUUAAACAAUCAUAAUUAAUUAGUUGACAGAAAAAUAAUUAUUCUCCAGUGACCUGUAUUCUAGUAUAGCAUUUGUAUUGCAUGGCAUGGUGUGGAUUAUAUCAUAACUCAGCAGGUAAUACAGUAUAUGCAUGGCAGAGUAUGUUACUAGUUUGUAUUCAUAAGAGAUAACAGUUAAUGAUGUAGCCUGCUGUCAUUUAUUACAUACAUCACUUCGAAGUUUCUGUGAUCACUUAUUUUUGUAAAUAAUAUUUAUAAUUGCAAUAUUUUAUGACUGCAGUAACAUCAAACUCAAACAUGUAUGAGUAAAUAUGUAAAUUAAUUAAAAAAAAAUAGAUAAUAAAUAGCUACAAAUAGAAGAAAAAUAAGUUAAAGACUUGAUUUUUUUAAAAAGACAGCAGGAACUUUGUAUCCAUAUUUUAUUCUAAAAGAAAAGAUUUAUUUUUAUUUAUAAGUUGAUACUUUGCUGUAUCUUCACUGCUUUACUAGACCAAUCAUGAUGCAUGAUAAAUAUUUUAAAUAUUUUUAAUUUUGUCAUUUUUCCAAACGUAAAACUACAUGCAAUUACAUGCAACUGCAGCACUUUUGUUGCUAAAAUUCAUUGGAUAUGUUGCUGUGGAGGAGAAUUUCAGCACUCGGGGAAAUGAGCUUAUUUGCUUUCUCACCGAGAGUUAAAUGAGACGAUCAAUACCGUUCUCAUAGGUGUCUGCUAAACAUGAAGCUAGCUUGGCUUUGGUGCAGGUCAAACAAAUAAGAGAGAAUGUGUUAACUGGUGAGCUUUGGAGGUGCUGGCAGGUGGAUUUCUUUUUACCUUUCCACACAGCCAAGCUAGCUGUUUCCCUCUGUUUCCACUCGUUCUGCUAAGCUAAGCUGAACAGACAGAUCGGAGAGUGCCAUUGAUCUUGCCAUCUAACUAGAAGGAAGCGUAUAUCCCAAAAUGUCGAACUGCUCCUUGAAGUGGCAUCUACAUUAUAAUGCAUAGUUUGACACUGAUGAAGGCUGGACAGCCGAAUGUUUUCUCCUCUGUAAAUAAAGUGACUCCUCAUCACUGACUCCAA